AUUAGUCAAUGUUAUUUCUUUAUUAAUUAGCUAAUUGAACACUCUUGAUAAUGUCCUUAGUUAAUGGCAUUGAAUAAUACUUGUACGUUCAAAUAAUGCAGUACGUUCAACUUCAAUGAUUUAAGGUCUAGAAAAAUGUUUACAAUGUAAGAAUAUAUCCAUAACAAAAUACAAUGACAUGAAAUUUAAAUGUGUAAUACAGAGAAGAAUUAUUAUUUAUACAAUUUGAAUCAUGGCAUCGACCGGUAAAAGUACAAGAGAGGUUUUGUUAUCUAUUGUUGAUGACAUUGAAUUGAUAGCAAAAGAAAUGAUAGAAAAUACGAUAGUUCAAAAACCAUUGAAAUUAUCGAACGAAGAACAUGCUCAACUUACAGAAUUGUUGAUCACCAAGGAUAAUGAAUUUAAAUCAGUUUUAAAACGUGCGGCUGAACAAGCAAAAAUUAAUCUUAAAAUGGAAGCUUUAAAAGCUGAAGUUGAGAGACAAGAUCAAGAUAUUCAACAAUUGCAGCGACAAUUGAAGGAAGCAGAACAAAUUUUAGCCACUGCAAUUUAUCAAGCUAAACAAAAGUUGCAAUCCAUCGCCCGCGCCAAUAAAAGGCCUGUGCCAUCUGAAGAAUUAAUUAAAUAUGCACAUAGAAUAAGCGCAUCGAAUGCUAUAUGUGCUCCUCUUACUUGGCAACAAGGGGAUCCCAGGAGACCUUAUCCUACUGAUAUUGAAAUGAGAUUGGGCUAUCUUGGACGAUUAAGCGAUCUUCCAUUGAAUGGACAGAUGCCAGGCACUCAUCCUGGAAUAUCAUCUGAUUUACAUAGAACUGGACAUCCAAACCACCUGUAUCACAAGCUAAUCAAUUUGCCUGGCAUUCAUCGGGUGAAAUUCAUAUGUCUGUGAGUGGACAAGGUAGUGUUGCCAUGAAUACUCAUAAGCAAGAAACAGAAGAUGUUGAAGUUAUGUCCACAGACUCUUCGAGUAGUUCAUCUAGUGAUUCUCAAUGAAUAUUAAUUUUUUGUGAAGCUCAAUUUUUAUAAAUUUUACACUGAAAGUAACUGUUUUAUAGGUUCAUUAUGAUUUUAUGUGAAACGUAUGUAUAUAAAACGUUUAUUCCAUUGCAACAAAAUAUUAGAUUUAAUAGAAGUUAA